AUGGCGGACCUCGCGGCGACGUAUUAUACGCAGGGCCGAUACGAUAAGGAUAAAGAGAUUUCGGUUAAAGUACUAGAUCUCCGACGGGAGGUGCUUGGGGAGAAGCACCCCGAUACGAUCAGUAGUAUAGCGGACCUCGCGGCGACGUACUAUAGCCAGGGCCGAUACGACGCGGCUGAAGUGCUUUAUAACACUGCCCUAGACCUUCGCCGGCAUAUUCUUAGUGAAGAUCACCCGCACACGGCUCAAAGCACCAUGUACCUGGCCUCCACACGGGAGUCGUUACAGCAAAUGCGGUCCCGUGAUUCAGAAGAGCCAAAGCUGCGCCAUAGAUUUUUCAGGGAACUUGCGCAGGCUAUGAGUUUUGGCAAAGGGAGGUCCCACUGA